AUGCCAAGGCAACGGCCAGCGACAUCAGGGUAUGCGCGUAUCGCGCAGGCCGAGGAGGAAGAAGACCUCGACGCCCACUCCGAGGACGAGGAUGCCUACCGAGGCCAGACUACGAUUUCGAACCCGUCAUCUCGAUAUGCGCCCAUACAGCCCAAGCGACAGGGCCGCAUGCAUGCAUCUGGCACCACCUCGCCGUCAAGACCAAGAGGACCUCCUCGAAGCGGAUCUCGGCGAAGCAAUUCAGGAGUAGACAUCAAGGCCAUCAACGCUAGGCUGGAGCGAUGGGCGGACGAGAUAGCGUCCAAGUUCAAGAUACGCAGGAUCAAGGGCAAGACUGAAGAGGAGGAGCAGCUUGAGAUACAGCACUCCGUCUUCCAAGCCCCAGACUGGAUCCGGCCAGCCACCGCUGAGUCACUCGCUCACGACUACCCUAUGGGACCGGACAGGAUCACAAAAGAACACUUCGAAGACGCCGUGGAAAGCGUCAGGUUAGCAAUCGAGCAAGGGAUUCACCCGAAGCUGAUAUCACAGGGCAGCUCAGGAAGCUAUUUUGCACGCACACCCCAGGGAAAGGUAGUCGGGGUCUUCAAGCCCAAAGACGAGGAACCAUAUGCAUCAAGAAAUCCCAAGUGGACGAAAUGGAUACAUCGCAACCUCUUUCCCUGGUUCUUUGGCCGGGCGUGCCUCAUUCCCAACCUGAGCUACAUCUCAGAAGCCGCCGCGUACGUGCUUGACGUCCAGCUACGCACUAACAUCGUGCCAUAUACCGACAUCGUGUCACUAUCCUCAAAGUCUUUUUAUUACGAUUUCUGGGAUCGUCGGGCUUUCUACAGGAAGAAGAAACCGCUACCAGAGAAGAUUGGUAGCUUUCAGAUUUUUCUGAAGGGGUUCAAGGAUGCCAACAUAUUCUUGAAAGAGCAUCCCUGGCCUGAUCAACACAACUCUGGCUUCCGUACCGAUGCCGCUCCAAGGCGGAAGAAAAGGCGAUGGGGAGAGGAGUGCAGACCGGGCGGUGCUCCUUCGGACGAUGAAGAGGAUCACCAGACUCAUACACCUAAUGCGACGGAAGACGUGCAUCAAAGACGAGUGUUUUGGACUGAUAGUCUACAACAAUCUUUCCGAGAGCAGUUGGAGAAGCUGGUGAUAUUGGACUACAUCAUGCGUAACACGGACAGAGGUUUGGACAACUGGAUGAUCAAGAUUAGUCAGAACGGGAAGGAAGCCAGCAUUGUAGCGGAACCGCCAAAAAGCAGCAAGAAUGUCAACGGACAGGCGCCCAAGAACGACCGCCAACUUUUAGACUCGGAAUUUGACGCUUACCGACGCCACGAACCCAUGCAAGCCAACAGUCGAGCUUCAACGCCUAUGGUCUCUGAGCCCGGCGAAGAACCUUCGGUUGCUAUAGGCGCAAUCGACAACAGCCUCUCGUGGCCGUGGAAGCAUCCUGACGCAUGGCGAAGCUACCCAUUUGGCUGGCUGUUCUUGCCGGUUUCUCUUAUCGGACAGCCGUUCUCAGAAGCGACACGCCGACAUUUUCUUCCGCUCCUAACAUCCAAGGUCUGGUGGAGUGAGACUCAGCUUGCACUUCGCCGAUGCUUCAGCCAAGACUCCGACUUCAAGGAGAGCAUGUUCGCACGGCAGAUCGCCGUCAUGAAGGGCCAAGCAUGGAACGUGGUUGAGACGCUGAAAGUACCGGAUCAUGGGCCACUAGAGCUGACCCGGAGAGCAAGAGUGUGCGUGUGGGAUGAUCUGGUCGAUGUGCCUGUGGCAGUGCCGCUGCGCGUUCCUUCAGCGGAAAUGCGACGCCGGCGGGCAGAGGAUGAAGCCCGCAUGGAGGAGGAAGAGAUGGAUAUCAGCGCUGCUCGUGCCUCGGCCCCCCAACCAUCACAUGACCUGCUAGGAACGAGCUCACCGACGUCGGAGCUACCGAACGGCAAUCGCUUCAAUUUAACGCGUCAUGCCAGCGCACUGGACCCCAGAGAGAGCGAAGACAGUUUGGGGUGGGCUGCGCGGCCCAAGAGGGAUCCUGCAGCGGGCAUCUUGGGCGCUCCGGCGCCCGGCCCGAAGCCCAGAUCGAGUUAUGAAGGUGUUCGGCGACAGAAAGAAAGUCCGGAUUCGCGGCGUAGGCGGUAUUCCCUGACAGGGCUAAGGCGCGGCAGCAAUUCCUUCCUCAUGGCUGAUGAUGACUUGGAAGGUGAUCUUGGAUAUGCGGCCGCCGAAGACAUGGAGGGCAUGAGGAAGAAGGUCAUCAUUGAACGCUUGGAGACGGUGAAGAGUAAAAACCCCGUCUUCACUUGGUGUUAG